GGGCUUGGCGGGUUUCAGGACAGUUUUGACGGACAUACUUCUCUUUCUCUCUCUUUCGGCUUCCAUAUUUGUCUCUGAUCCAACGUCAGUCAGUCCCAUUCUCCGGCUAGUUCAUCCCGCUUGCGUCCCCUCGGAAGCUCAGACUCAACAAAUUCCUGCAACGGAGGAUGGAGAACGCCGACCCGUUCGCCUCAUCGACCGCGCCACUGACCUGGCACGACUUUCUGGAGCGCAUGCGACAACCCUCCGCCGCUGAUUUCGUCAAAGCAAUCAAAAGUUUUAUCGUGUCAUUCUCAAACAAUGCACCAGAUCCUGAACGGGACAGUGCUGCUGUGCAAGAGUUUCUUGUGAACAUGGAAAUGGCUUUCAGGGCUCAUCCGCUUUGGGCUGGUUGCUCUGAGGAGGAGCUGGAGAGUGCUGGUGAAGGGUUGGAGAAGUAUGUCAUGACAAAGUUAUAUACUCGCGUAUUUGCUUCGGUCCCAGAUGAUGCAAAGUUAGAUGAACAACUUUUUGAGAAGAUCAGUUUAGUUCAACAGUUCAUUCGUCCAGAACAAUUGGAUAUUAAAACAACCUUUCAAAAUGAAACAUCAUGGCUGCUUGCACAGAAAGAGCUGCAAAAGAUCAAUAUGUACAAGGCUCCAAGAGAUAAACUUGUCUGUAUUCUCAAUUGUUGCAAGGUCAUCAAUAAUUUGUUGCUUAAUGCUUCUAUUGCUUCGAAUGAGGAUCCUCCUGGAGCUGAUGAGUUUCUUCCUGUCCUAAUUUAUGUUACCUUAAAGGCAAACCCUCCACAACUGCACUCAAAUUUGUUGUAUAUACUACGGUACAGGCGUCAAUCCAGAAUGGUUGCAGAAGCAGCUUACUUUUUCACAAACAUACUCUCUGCAGAGUCAUUCAUCUCAAACAUCAAUGCAGAAUCCCUUUCAAUGGAUGAAAGAGAGUUUGAAAUGAACAUGGAAUCUGCUCGAGCACUUCUAUCUGGCCUCUCAUCUGAUUUGGAUGGUGUGUUGAAGGAACCUCAACAAAAAUCUUUGUACUCUACGAAGGAAAAGGACCCUUCAAUAGGAUCUGAUCUAUCAUUGCUAUCAUCUGAAGCAACAUCUGGGGCAAAGUUGGAACCUCAUGCAAAAGAUCAGUUGAUAACAAAAGUUCCAUCCAUUUCUGAUUUGGAGAAUAAAGGGGCAGCUAUGCUUCUAAAAGAGGAUCAGGCUAGCCUAGCCUUCCGGGAGUACCCAUACUUGUAUGCCAAUGUUGGUGAUCUAACAGUCAAUGAUGUAGAAGAUCUACUAAAUCAUUAUAAACAACUUGUUUUCAAGCAUGUUUGCCUUUCCAAAGGAUUGGGUGUCCCUGCUCCACCCCUUCCAUUGUCCAUUUCACAAACUCAAGCCGAAAAGCAUGCUGAAACCAUGAAGGACUCUGUAGACACCCGAGCUGCAGAAGUGAAGGACAGUACCCUUAAAGAUAUUGGUAGCACCAAUGAUGUUUCAAAUCAAGUUUCACUUUUUGAAGUGGAAACCUCUGAAUCCAAGUUACCACAAGAGGAAGCAGUUGAACCCCAAUAACUGGUAUUCAUGUUUAAUUUAGAAGUGUAUUAAUUUUGAAUGGUGGUCCUCUGGGCAAUUUUUGGUUUUUUACCCAUUGUAACUGUACUAUGGAUUUCACUGUAUUUCAAUUUAUUUUCAAAUGCAAGAAGCAAUACAGUUGAAGUAUCUUUUC